AUGUUCGAUGUGCAGGUGAAGCGAAUGCACGAAUACAAACGCCAAUUGCUGAACUGUCUUCAUAUAAUCACCAGAUACUGCCGUAUUAAAUUCGACAAGACCUACAGAGUUGCCCGCACGAUUAUGAUUGGCGGAAAAGCAGCACCUGGUUAUCGAGUUGCUAAAUUAAUUAUCAAACUAAUAAACAACAUUGCACAUGUCGUGAACAACGAUCCAGAUAUAGGAAGCAAACUGAAAGUUGUCUAUCUCGAAAACUACUGCGUUUCUUUAGCUGAAAAGGUUAUACCUGCUACGGAUCUGAGUGAACAAAUCUCAACGGCUGGAACUGAGGCUUCCGGAACAGGUAACAUGAAAUUCAUGGCUAACGGAGCGCUAACAAUUGGUACCAUGGACGGUGCUAAUGUGGAAAUGGCCGAAGAAGUCGGUAAAGAGAAUAUGUUUAUUUUUGGACUGACCGUUCAAGACGUGAAAAAACUAAGAAGUUCUGGUUACAAGUCUUCCGAUUAUUACCAUAAAGGAAGUGAACUGCGUCGAACCAUGGACAUGAUCAAAGAUGACUACUUUAGCUGUGGCUGUCAAGGUCAAUUCAUGGAAAUUUUUGACAUACUUUACCAUUCUGAUCACUAUCUACUUUUAGCAGACUACCGCGAUUACGUAAGGACCCAGGAUGUUGCUGAUCAACUCUAUUUGAGAAAAAUUGAGUGGACAAAGAAAGCUCUCCUGAACAUUGCAGCCUGUGGUAAAUUUUCCAGUGACCGAACUAUCAAAGAAUAUGCUGAUGAUAUCUGGAAAGCGAAAUACACUUUGGAAAAACUUAAAGCUUAG